CAGUCUUCGAGUGCGGCUUGACCGAAACGGAACGUGCAGCUUUGGUUUGUGGUAGUCAUAUGCAGGUUUGGUGGCGUUGGUGGCGAACGGCCAACAUUUCAGUUUCCGUGAUUGCAACUGAGGAAGAAUUUAUUUGCGUUAAAUAUUAACGUGCGCUGGCUGUUUGGCUGAAGUGAACUUGUGAAGCGUGCGAGAAAGUCGAACAAACGUUGCGUGAAUACGAAAUUGCCGAAGAACAAAGACAAAAACAAUCAAAUUGAAAUACAUAAUCGAACGAAUUUCGCGUGUGUGGUUAAUUAAAAAAUAAAACUAGAAAAAAAAUUUUUUUUACCAUAAAAUCUUAAAUUUAUACAAAAGCUAACUGUUAAGUGUACGCAUUUUGCAAUUAUUUGAGAAAAUGUCACGCACAAAUUUCGCGCGAACCAUCGCAUUAGCGCUGCUGCUGACCACAAUUACGUUGCUUAGCUGGCAAGUUGAUGCAGCAAAAAUAGCAACAAACGCAGUUAACGCCAGCACGGAAAAUACAAACUAUAGCAAAGUAGAGCUGAGCCAUGCAAAAGAUGCAACAGAGGCAGCUGUUGUUGUAGCGCCAGCUGCUUCGAUUCUUGAGGCAAAGGCAAAUGAUGGAGACGAAUUGAAAGAUGAUGCAGAUAUUGAGGCUGAUAGUGCGGAUGCAGCAGACACAGAGGCUGAUGUUGAAGUUGAUGAUAACGAUAACGAUGAUGAAGAUGAGGAUGAUGAUGAGGAUGCUGAGACAGAAGCGGCAUCGGGUGCCAACAAACCAGCGAAGAGUGAAACAGCGCUGACGGCGGCAGAGAAAAAUGAAGACGCCACCGCGUCGUUCAGCGUUUGGGGCAUGGUGCGUAAUGUGUGGAAUUGGAUAAGAGACGAUCUGAGUGAAAGCCUUUUCGGCGAUGACGAUGCCGACGGAGCGGCCGGUGCACAAAAGGCGCUGGUACGUGAAGUACGUGAUGUUUCCGAAGCGGCGAUGGCGGCUGUAGAGGGUCGUACUUUUGGAAAAAUUCGUCGACUACAAAUGGCCCUGAUUCCACUCAUCUUCAAAUUUGGCAUACUGACCGCUAUGGUGGCCUUUCUCAUCAUGCUUGGCAUGAAAACGCUAUUCCUAGUGAAAUUGCUUGUGCUGAUGAACGCCGCCGCCAUACUUGCCAAGUUCAUUACAUUGAAAUCAAAUUUCGGUGGUUAUGAACACUCUGCACCACAGUGGAAUUAUCAGACUUGGACGCCACAUGCGACUGGCGGUUGGGGUCCUUCAGCGCCAGCAGCAACGUAUUCGCACAGCGAGCAACACCCAUCGAAGGAAAUUCACCUGCAUAUACAUAAUGGUCAAGUUCAGGGUUAUGGCGCUGGUGGACAUGGUGGUGCAAACGGUUGGGAGAGCCGCAGUGAUCCCUACGCUGCUUAUGCGCCAACACCGGCUAGUGAAGGCGAGAAUGAACUCAAUAAUCAAGGUCCGAUUGCCAUGCUACCAACUAAUUAUCCAUCAAAUCCCGUUUAUGGUAACCAAUAAGGGUUGUGAGUCUUAAGGCAAUAGUCACUGCGUCAGGGUUUUUUUAUAAGUAUAGCUGUAUUAAUUUAUUAUUAACUUUUUGCUCACUUAAUAAAUGUGCUGUUGUAAAUAGUUUUAAGCGCAUUUAAGUAUUAAAUGAAAAUAAUUGUAAUUAACUAAUCGUAAAUAAAGUACAAAUUGAGUA